GAGGUUCCUGUUUGCAGCUCUGCAGCUACCACAGGACGCACGCAUUUGGUUUGCUCCGGGUCUGCUUGCAGAAGUUUCUUGAGUUGAGGGGGGGGAACCGCAGUCUGUGAGAGAUUUCGGCUGCUUUGCUUCUUUCGGUGCCGUUUUUCUUGGAUUUAAAAAUUGAGAGCAGCAUGUUUUGCCCAUUGAAUCUCAUCCUGAUGCCAAUGUUACUGGGGUGUUCCUGGGGCCUGGACGACUUGAUCGUUUCCUCCCCGGAGCUAACAGUCCAUGUGGGUGAUCCGGCCCUGAUGGGCUGUGUUUUCCGGAGCACGGCAGAGAAACGCGUGACCAAGGUGGACUGGAUGUUCUCAUCAGGAAAGGAUGCCAAGGACGAGUACGUGCUGUACUAUUAUGCGAACCUCAGCGUGCCCGUGGGGCGCUUCAAGAAUCGGGUACACUUGGUGGGGGACAUCUGGGACAAGGACGGUUCCCUCCUGCUCCAGGAUGUGGAAGAGGCAGAUCAAGGGACAUACACCUGUGAAAUCCGCCUUGAAAUGGAGAGCCUGGUGUUCAAAAGAGAGGUGGUGCUGCACGUAAUACCAGAGGAGCCCAGAGAGCUCAUGGUCCAUGCUGGUGAUCCAACUCAGAUGGGUUGUGUUUUCCAGAGCACAGAACAGAAACGUGUGACCAACAUAACCUGGACGUUUUCCUCAGGAGAGCGUGCCAAGGAGGAGAUUGUGUUGCACUAUAACACCAGGCUCAGCAUCCCUGUGGGGUACCCCCAGAACUGGGGACGCUUCCAGAACCGAGUCAACCUGGUGGGGGAUGUUUCCCGCCAUGAUGGCUCUAUCAUGCUCCAAGGAGUGAAGGAGUCUGAUGGAGGAAAUUACACCUGCAGUAUCCACCUGGGGAGCCUGGUGUUCAGGAAGACUAUUGUGCUGCACGUGAUCAUGAAAGAGCCCCAAACACUGGUGACCCCAAUGGCUCAGAGACCGGGGAUCCUGGAUGAUAAUCAGCUGGUCAUCAUUGUGGGGAUCAUCUGCACCACCGUCCUGCUGCUCACCAUUCUGAUAUUGAUCAUGAAGAGGACCCAUGGGAAUAAGAGCUUGGAGAGUUCUCUAACUCCUGUAAAGAACCUGGAGAACACAAAGAAGGCUAAUCCAGAGAAGCAUGUUUACACCUCGAUAGCUGUACGGGAGGUGAUUGAGGAGGAAGAAUCGAGUGAAAAAUCAGAGGCCACCUAUAUGACCAUGCACCCAGUGCGGCCUUCUCUGAGGGCAGCACAGACUAGCCCAGCUAGGAGACUACCACAGACUGAGCAAGGCUUCUGAGAAGAUAGGAGAGUCCUCUUCGUAGUGUGUGUCCUGAGCCGCUGUACCAAUUAUUUCAGACCCCAACCCACCCAAUCAUCCUUCUGCCUCACUGCUUGGCCAGAGGACUGAAGAUGGAGGGUUCGGAGACCAAGCAGCUGUGGAGGAACAGGCCCUGAUGAGUGGGGCAUUGGCUCUAGGGACCUCUGCAGUGGGGCACUGGCUCUAGGGACCUGGCUGAGCUGCUGCCCUGGCCUCAAGCACUCCAUCAGCUCAGACCCUUCACUUGGACAGUGUUGUUUGUGGAUGAGUUAUUGUGAAGCAUCAAGCAGAUAAAAACCAACCCAUAAAUUGUCCCAAAUAAAUGUGGUUUGUUGAAGCCUC